AAUCUGACACUACGGACACAACAAGGCGUUACACUUGACAGGUGUCAGUUUUGUCAGAACCUGCAGCGAAUGAUCAAAAUAAAUACACACAGGGUGUGCGAUGCGAUUGAUCUUACGCAAAAGCUGAUUCAUUCUGAUUGUAGACUAUUGAUGGACGAGAGGCAGAGAAUCAGUGGAAUAUUCCAAGCUGAAAAAAUUUUGAUCUAUUUUUCUCAACGGAAUUAUCAUAGGCUGCAAUUCUGCAGAUUGAUAACCUGUUCCUACUGAGUUUGACUCCUAUUUAUUUGUCCUGAAAUGGCAAAGGUAUACCUACCUGAUCAGGAGCUUGAAACUAAGGUGAAAAAAGCCACAGAGAGGAUAUCUGAAAAUAUGCAUAUAGUGGCCAACGAGCCAUCUCUUGCCUUUUAUCGUCUUCAGGAGCAUGUUAGGAAGGCAUUGCCACCUAUGGUCGAAAGACGUGUUGAAGUUUUAGUGCUUCAGCAGCAGCUACAAGGGCGCUGUUACGACGCCGAGUAUGCUGUAAGUGCUAUCAAGGCAAUGGAAGGGGCAGGAAAAAAUUAUGACAAUACCUUGGAUCUCAUUAAGAAUGCGAUAUUCUACAAACAACAAUUGAAGUAUCAAGAACAGCGCAGACUGAAGAAAGAUGGCUCCAAGGACUCGGUCUACAAGAGGCUUUCAGCUCAUAUUCCAACUCUGGAACACUUGCCUGAUGAGAUAUCAGACGUCGUUAGAGAGACUGCAAAUAAAGUUGAAUCUAUGAUGAACCAUGCCAGGCACUCCACCGACGCUCAGAAGAAUUCUAAUUGAUAAUUUCUCUUUUGAAUCGUUGAUGGAUUCAUUCAAUUCUGUAUAUACCAAAUCAUUCAGGGCAUCAUCUGCUUCGAUACUUGAAUUUUUUUUAUCUUAUAUUCUCGUGCUUGCUUAGUGUUCAAAUAUAUGAUUCCUUGCAGCAA